CCGCGGUCGUACGAAUCGGCGCGCGUGAUCGCGUAUCCCGGAAACGCCGACUGCCGGUGUCACAUUUGUCGUUCGUCACCACUGCGCGUUAUCUCUCUCUCUCUCUCUCUCUCUCUCUCAGAAUCCUUUACGAAGCCGUUAACUAUUCGCCGCGUCGGCAGUGUUUAUUUGUCUUUCUCUCUCUUUCUCAAUAUUCGUGUCCUCGUUGUCCCGUCCCGUGUUCGUCCGUUCGUCCGCAGCGUUUUUUCGUCGUCCCACAUCGUCGUUGCUUCCCGUUGCCUCUUGUCACCGUCUCCUCCCUCCCCGCCCCUUCCCCCUCUCUUGUCCUCAUCGCGCUUUCGCACGUGUGCUGUGUCGAUUGUUGACCGUCCACUCGUGACCGCCAUCGCGAGAUCACUACCACGCUGCUCCACGCUGCAACGCAAUGUCUACGCUGAGCGGGUGAUGGCAGAACGCAGAGAGGAUGUCGCGCCGCAAGCAGAGCAACCCCAAGCCGCUGAAACGGGAGGAUGAGGAGUGGAGUGACUCGGAGAAGACUCCGUCGGUGAGCAGCGGCGUGGAUGGCGGCGGAUCAGCGGUGUCAAGUCCCGUUGCACCGGUGGUCGAAGAAGACUCCAGCUUACCUCCCCCGCCGAGACUCAAUCCUGUUUCGUCCUCGGCCAAUUCCGCCAACGAGGACCUUAGAUCACGUCUUAGUGUACUCCCCGAAGACGCUAGGAAACGCCUCGCCAACCUCACAGAUGACCUAGAGGUCGCCAGGAGCAUAAGAGGCCAUGCACCGUCCAGGAGCGUACGCACGCGAGAAUCGAGUCCCAAGGACAUCGAGGAGGAUCAUGUGGUGGUCAAGGAGGAGGAGUGUCAACCGAGGUCGUCCUCCUCGUCGUCUUCCACCAGAAAACGAGACGCUGUCUCUCGCAGGGACUCGGAGGACUCCGCGAGACGGUCCGAUGAGUCAGCCACCGAAGCCAAGAGAAUGAAGCCCGAAGACGAGGCAGCACCAAGACUGAGACUCAAUGCUAGUCUGGCGACGGAUCCCGCCUUGAGACCCGCCGCCGUCGCCGCUCUUACCGUGAAGCCCGAGAACACCUCGCCGCCGAACCCGACCCCGCCGUUGCCAGCUGGCCUCCAAAAUGCGAUCGCGUCCGGUCGUCUGUUUGUCCUGCCGACCGACGGCAAAGAGACGAUUACGGUGGAGCCUGCGAGGCCGACCGCGCUGGUUUGUCCGCCCUGCGGAAUACGCUUCAGUUCGGCCAGCACCUUGGAAGCACAUCGCACUUAUUAUUGCGCCCACCGGCCACGUUUGGAGGAGGAUACGACGAACGAUGAGGACGACGACAAGUCCGGCAAGUACGAGGUGCGGAAGGCGUACGCGUGUCCUCACUGUUCGUACAGUGCGGAUAAGAAAGUGUCGUUGAACCGUCACAUGCGGAUGCACGCGGCAUCGCCGGCGCCGCCGACGAUACCGGCGGCGACUCCGACCCCGGCCAGCAACCCCGCCGCCGGCCAAACCACCGCAUCCAACGGUUCUCUCAACGAGGAGGCUGAGAGAUAUUGCAGGAACUGCGACAUCAGAUUCAGCUCCUUGAAGACGUACAGGGCACACAAAACGCACUACUGCAGUACCAGGCACGUGGUGAAGGACACGGCACCAACGCCGUCGACGCCGCAGUCGUCGGUCAAAACAUCUCCGCCGACGAGUUCGAGUCCCGGUGACUCACCACCACCGCAACCUUGCCUGGCACUGCCUACCAACCCUCCCAUCGUCUUGCCAUACACGGUGUUCCGCGGGGCGAGCGUUCUCGCCGCGCCGGCUCUUCCGCUUCCCGAUACAGUGUACUACCUUCUGCCGGACGGUUCGUACCAGUAUCUCAGCAUUUCUAAACGCUUUCGACAAUUCUACGUGUUUGAGAGAAGUCCGCAAUCUUACAAGAAUUUUACAGCCAACAAAUGUGAUAGCGAGGUUUACCUCAGACAUGGUUCUCGAGAUUUGUGGAUUUUGUUGAGAUUAGGAUUUAGAAAGAUGUUAUCCCAACGAUCUCCGGGAGGUCAGGACGUGUUAAGUGAUCCCCGACGCGACAUCACGUCUGCAGGUACGCUUCAACCGGUAACGAGGGGUCUUCCUCCCGUGACGCAGAACGCGUCAAUGGAGCCGCCAGCUGUCUUGAAGGCGGCGAACAAGCCCUCGACACCGGCGUCGGUGGUUAUGGCGUCCACGUCGCCAUCUGCCUCGGCACCCCUCGAUCUCAGCGUGCGUAGAUCACCGGGCCACCAGGACGAAAAAGAGAACAGGAUGUCACCGGCGCCAUCGUCGCUGCCUCCGCCUCCGGGCAGCCCCAGGUCCAGAAGCAGCGGUAGCCCCAGAACGAGUUCCAUCGGGCCAACACAGACGGCUGCCGUCGCGCCAUCCCCGGCCACCGAAAUUCCCCUGAGAUUAAACGACCUGCCACCGCCCCCUGUUCCGGGAGUGUUGGUGAAGCAGGGUGUGUCCAGGUGCAAGGAAUGCAACAUCGUGUUCUGCCGGCACGAGAAUUUCGUCGCUCACAAAAAGCACUACUGCCAAGCGAGGGAGACCACGGUGAGCAACAGCCCGCCGCCUCCCGGCACACCCUCUCCGCCACUGGUCCAGCUGAUCUGCGCCGCGUGCGGCAUCAAGUUCGCCUCUAUGGACAACUUGGUCGCCCAUCAGGCGUUCUACUGCCCCAAGAGGCCCGAGUCCCAAGAGCAUCACGCGCGUUGUUCCAAAUGCAAGGCGAUAAUAGAGCCCGGAAGUAGUCACACGUGUGCCAGCGGUGCAACCGGUGGCUGGCGAUGUCCAGUCUGCGGCGCCGUCAGUCCGACAGCUGGAGCCGCUCAGCGCCACAUGGACGCUCAUCAGGGCAUCAAGGCCUUCCGAUGCACGAUCUGUCGUUAUAAGGGUAACACCUUACGCGGCAUGAGGACUCACAUUAGAAUGCAUUUUGCGAAGCGCGGCACUGACCUACAGGAGGAGAAUUACAUAACAUGCGUGUUGGACGAUGAAGCGACGUUACCAACGCCGGAGCCGGCAGCCGCCACGACGCCGGAGGAGAUUCCCGCGGAGGUGCAGGUGAACGGCAAGACCACGGACAUCAGGAAGAGCCCGCAGCCGCCGCCAUCGUUGCCGCCACCCGCCGCGGUCACCAGUAAGGUGAAGCAGGAGCGCGAGGACACGCCACCGCCGCCGCCGCCUCCUCCACCCCCCGAGGAGAGCCUGGACCCCAGCAAAAGCGGGCCCCGAUACUGUCGAUCCUGCGACAUCAGCUUCAACUAUCUGAGCACGUUCAUCGCCCACAAGAAGUUCUACUGUUCGAGUCACGCCGGCGAGGCCAGCAACAAUAACAACAACAACAAUAACAACAACAACGCCAGCGGACACGCGACAUCGCCGCCGACCGGUAGGACCGAGGCGUCGGUGCUCUAAGGACGAAGCUAGCCGCCAAUCACGAGGCACGGGACGGCUCCACCGCCGUUUCUCUUCCUCUUCUUGGAGGCGUUCGGCGAGUGUACGUGAAAAUUCGCGGUCGAAUGCAGGGAUGAAGGUAACUCGACCGCUCGAAACUGUCGGAAAUUGUCCGUCUGGGAAGCCUAUCAAGCUCGUCGAAGAUUGUCGGUCCACGACGUCAAGUGAGAAUAGUUUAGAGAUAGAGAGAGAGAGGGUGUUCUUUCAAGAACGACGCUCUUGGGAUGAUGUUACCGGAAUGUGAGAGUUAUUCCUCGAAGAUAGCGGCAUUUUACGAAUUCAAGCUGAAAAGGAGAAGACACACUCAACGGGAAAGAAGGAAGUUUCUAAAAACACGACGAGAAUAUUCCCUGCGAGAUUUCGGAAGGUAGACUCCGGGAAGAGGAAGGAAACGCGGUGAGCGCGCAACGACGACGCACUGAAAACAGGACUGUUAAUUGUUGCCAGUUUAUACAUAAUAUAAUGAACGACUAUCGGACUUCUCAGUUGACUCUAUUACGUUGUGUGAUUUUUGUUGAUCCAGGGAAUCGUUCGUACUUAUAAGCCGAAGGUAUCUACGUGUACAUAUAUAUAUGCGCGCGCGCGUGUGUCUGUGUGUAUGUGAGGGAGAGAACUCGCAGCAAGCAAGAGCGCAAACGAAGUCGUAACCAGAGCCUGGUUUGUGUCACACUUCGCACGGCAUUGAAAUUAAUGAGUACGUAUUACGCGAUGAUAUAUAAACAUUCUUUUGAAGGAAGAUGCCUCACUUUGUUCUCGUAAUGAUUAAAGUAACCUUUUUUUGCAUGUAUGUGCAUUUUUUAAGCACUUAUUAAUAUUAAAAAUUAACUUUACAAUUUAAAAUACAAUUUUACAAUAUGAAAUACGGUAAUCAGUAUCAGUUAUUCUGUUUCUAAACGUUGAAUUGGCCAUAGUUGUGCAAGAAAGAUCCAACCUACAAAAUUAUGAUUUUUAAGAUUUUUUUACCAGCUUUGAGUAGCUUUCUGCAUAAAAUAAAAAGAUUCAAGUCUUAUGGGCGCUUAAAAUUAUUUAUGAGUAGCUUUCUGCAUAAAAUAAAAAGA